CCUGUCAUGUCUGCUAAAGGCCUCCUUUCUCACUUUUAAUGCUGUCCUGUUUAACGGAAAAAAAAUGACAAUGCUUCAUAUAGCUAAACUCGGGGCACGCUUUGAAAUAUGACUUUUAAAAAGCCCCUAGACUUGAAAGUUUUGCGGCAUUUAACUUUUUAAACGUUAAUUAUUUUAAUGUAUAUAUGUAACAUCGGAUAUGAAAUUUAAAAUUGAAACCAAAUUUAUUAUUAUGAUUAUGAUUAUUAUUAUUAUCAUGUGACGCGAAGUCAUAUCAUAAUGUCUCACAGCUAUGUAAAAAAAAAAAACGCAGCUCCUAUGAAGAUGUGUUAAUUUAUGUUUAAUUGGUGCGUGUGCAGCUGGGACAGUCAGUAGCACAGCCCGAGCUAUUUUUAAUGAAGGGCUGUUAAUCAAUGGAGCUGAAAUUUAAAUCAGCUUGAAGCGCGCUGGUCGUGCGGAGCUCGCUCCAGAAAACACAGCACGGGAGUGUGGGCAAACGGGACACCCCUCCAGCAAUGCUGGCGAGGCUGCUGAAUAGAAUGGCCACAGAUGACCGGCAUCUGGCCUCCAGCUGUGGGUCCUACAUCAAGACUGAGCCGUCGAGCCCCUCCUCCAUCAUCGACACGGUCAGCCACCACAGCCCCAGCGGCAACUCGGAUGCCAGCGGCGGCUACGCCGGCACCAUGAACAGCCACCCCAACGGCCUGGACUCGCCGCCCAUGUUCACGCCCGGAGGCCUGGGGGGCGGAGCCUGCCGUAAGCGCUAUGACGACUGCUCCAGCACCAUCAUGGAGGACUCGCCCAUUAAGUGCGAAUACAUGUUGAACUCCAUCCCCAAAAGGCUGUGUCUGGUCUGUGGAGAUAUAGCCUCGGGAUAUCACUAUGGCGUGGCUUCUUGUGAGGCCUGCAAAGCCUUUUUCAAAAGGACGAUACAAGGAAACAUCGAGUAUAGCUGUCCAGCGACAAACGAGUGCGAGAUCACCAAGCGGAGACGCAAGUCCUGCCAGGCCUGUCGCUUCAUGAAGUGUCUGAAAGUGGGGAUGCUAAAGGAAGGUGUGCGCCUGGACCGCGUCCGAGGUGGCAGACAGAAGUACAAGAGACGGAUGGACACAGAGAACAAUGCCUACCUAGGUCUGACGCUUCCCCCCCCUGCCAAAAAGCCAUUGACGAAGAUUGUGUCUCACCUGCUGGUGGCCGAACCGGAGAAGAUAUAUGCCAUGCCGGACCCAAGCAUGCCUGAGAGCGACAUCAAGGCCCUGACCACACUGUGUGACCUGGCCGACCGUGAGCUGGUGGUCAUCAUCGGCUGGGCCAAGCACAUCCCAGGCUUCUCCAACCUGUCGCUGGCAGACCAAAUGAGCCUACUGCAGAGCGCAUGGAUGGAGAUCCUCAUCCUGAGCAUCGUGUUCCGCUCGCUGCCCUACGAGGACGAGCUGGUCUACGCAGAGGACUACGUGAUGGACGAGGAGCAUUCGCGGCUCACUGGCCUGCUGGACCUCUACGUCUCCAUCCUGCAGCUGGUGCGCAGGUACAAGAAGCUCAAGGUGGAGAAGGAGGAGUUCGUCACUCUGAAGGCCAUCGCCCUCGCCAACUCGGGUAAGGGCUCCUCACCUACCUGCCGCUUUUUUAUUAAAGGGACGUAA